GAGCGCAAGUGGUGAUGUCCUGCACGACCAAGGACAAGUAGCUGCGAAUAGGAAUACACGCGGCGUGGUCACACACGAUGUCGAAGAUCAAGACGCGGGCGAUCAAGACGUCGAUAUGACGGUGAAUUCUUCAGGUCGUGAUCUUCACACUCUUCCAGUAAAAAAUGUUGCGGACGAAGGAGAUGUACUAGAGGACAAUCAGCGACACCAGAACCUGAACAUUUUUUCGACCUUGCUGAAUCCAGACCGCGUGAAUUUGAGCUUGCGGCACUAUUGCUAUAGCGAUCAGAAAAUUCACAAUAUAGGCGGAAUUGAAAGCAAUGCGGCCAGUCGUUGCGCUAUUCACUGUCGUUAAGGCUACCGCCUAAGCACCCUCAGCGUCAUCCUUGGCCUCUUUUUCAAGGGGAAAAGGUGCACACACAGGAGGGAUUCUUGUAUCAUUCCCCGCGCGCUUUCUACUUUUUACUAGAAAAAGAAGCGCACGAUGUAUGCUCUUGGUCUUAGGGAUGCGAGCGCGGUAACUCUAAUGUCAACAAUGCACAAAAGAGAUCGUGGGUCCGCUCUUUCACUGUUUGAACUUUCCGCGCUUCACCCAGAUGUGCUGUCUCGCUUGCGUCCUAGACAUCGUUAAAUCACCAUGUGACGACCCCGUUUUGCAGCCGGAAACGGAUAGGGUUUAUGAUCUUGUUCAUUGUUUGCGUGCUUCAUGUUGUAGUUGUACUACUCGCUAGAGGGCUCGGGCAAGAUGGGACUUUAUUUAGUUUUUAUGUUGCUUGCGGCGCCUUGGCCUUGCCCUUCUAAGUAUCAAAACUCCUGAUUGACUUUAUGUUGAAUGUAGAUGCACUUGCUCGUCUACCAAGUCUUGUCUUCCUACUCACGGUGGUCACAGUCUGGGUGAUGUAGUUGUCGUUGUACAUUGUUGCUCACGUUGCUAUUCUUUGUCGACCAAGAACUAUUAACGCAGUCCAGCACCUGGUCCCUAAUAUUUUGAUUUUCGCGUCUCUCUAUAGAAGUAAAGUCCUUCGUCGCGCUCGCGAUCAGUCCAUGAUAUUUUAGCAUCUCUUCAUAGUCAAGUCCUUCGUCGCGACCACGUGUUUGAGCCGAUAUUGACGCAAUUGGGCAAUAUCCUCGAUGUAGAAGCCAAAGAGGAAAGGCAGAGAGAACAGAAUCUAGCACACUGGGAAGAGCUCGUGGCCUACGUCCGCGCUACUCAUCUCAUCGAGGAUCAUACAGCUGGUGCAUCUUCAGAUCAUAUGGCAUCGGAUAAGCAGCUGGAACACAAAGAUGGGGCAGGAGAAGGAGGCGGAUCUUCUGGGAAAGACUUGAAGAGAGGCACAGAAAAAGCGAAAGGAGAGCAGCCGCUAUGUGGACUGCAGAACUGUUGCAGCGCUUCGAAAAAGAGGCGGGGACAAAGUGUUGAUAAGAUGAAGAACUGCAAUGAAACUUCCUCCAGAAGGUGUUGUGGUCUAUUGUCUUGCUCGAGACCGAAUAUCCAAACUGAGGAAAAACGAGGCCCUUUUACAACGCCUGGCCAAGGCGAGUGGACGAAAUGCUGCCGCACAAAAACCCUACCUCCCGCACCAAGACGUCCUUCCGUGAAACCUCUUUUAAGACUUUGUUCUUCAAUAAUUUUUUGAGUCACAGGUCAAUGUCUUCGUUGUUUUCCUUCUAAGUAUGAGGAUCUCUAGAAGAUGAAGAAGUACUGAAUAAUUUAUAUAUUUAGAUUUUUUCUCAUCGAAAUCGAAAACUACAUGUACAUGUUCUUGUCUGCAUCUAAUUCUGGGUUGUUAUGGGUCGCUGAUCCAAGCAGCAGCCUUUGGAUGCUGUGCGCCGCUGGACGAUGAUCCUUUCGAACAAAAAGUGUUGCUUUCGACACUUGGCUCAUCGUCCUCAGAAGAAGAUGAUGAUAUGGAAUGGGGCGUCGAGAUAACGGAGGACGAGAUGAACUCUGAAGAUAAUUAAGGCUCCUUCUCCUCAUGCUAAUCUACUCCCAUCUUGAGACGCAACAUCCUCGAGAGUUCAUUAAUAAAAAAUCAUUUCAGAAGCAUCCUCUCUGCUCGAGGGGGUUUCCCUUUCCUUUCAUCAAGGAGAGACGAAUAUGUAGUUCAGGAUUACUAGUAUCAUGUAUCUCAGGAGGAUGGAUUCGUUAGGCUACUUAGGGUGAGCGCUACUAGUAUCAUGUAUCUCAGGAGGAUGGAUUCGUUAGGCUACUUAGGGUGAGCGCUAAGAUGACGAUGAAGAAGAAGACGAACUUCGACAUCUAGGAGACGAAGACGAGGAAUCGUCUAGGGAUAUUGCAGAUGAACCGGCAUCUUCUGCUGCGUCUUCUAGUUCUGCUUCCGGGAGUGACGCCGAUGAGGAGGAGGAAAAUACAUCCGGAACAAGUGACUGUGAGUGAUAAGUGAACAGGCCAACGCGCAGUUGGCUUAGUGGUUUAGGCGUUGGCCUGUUCGCUUAUCAGUGAAGCUAAAACAGUGAAGACCGUACUUUCAUGUUGACGAUUUUGAUGAAGAAUUGAGGAUACCUCACAUAGGACUACGACUAGAGGAAUGAACAACGCCAACCCAUGAUGAGCGAUUGAAAUCCUCUCUACUGGCUGUGUUUACAUUUAGUAGAGGGUAGUAUGUUGUUGAGAAUAAUGAGUUUAUAGAGGGAGGACACGAGUUUGAUUCAAUCACCACGAUGUGAAGGCCUCGGCUGAGGUGUCUCAAGAAAAAUUCGUCCUCGCGCAUGUGUUGUCGUUGUGUGAAGAAUGUGAUUACGUAAGAACAUGAUAGAAUGACUACUUGAGCCGCAUUGAUAAUGAUGCUGAGUCUAUGUGUACUUUUCGAGAGUGGGUGCUCCGCUCGUCGGGCUCGGGGCAGCGGUUGCAGACAACAAUACUAAACGACGUAAAGCUGCGCAUCCAUGCAGUCAUGACCCUAUGCGUAGUGAUAGUGGUAUUUGCUAUGUCUAAUUCUUUGAUUAGUGUCUCCAGCCUCUGCUCUCUUUGUUUCUCGAUUUUGUAGCCUUUUCAUCGUUGUACUCAUUUUCUACUUCAGCCGCUCGUCCACUUCUUUCUCCACAAUCUUAUCAGGAUAGCUACACAUAGAAAUGCGUUUCUGUGACCGAUCACGUUUAGUUGGAUCAACACCAUCACACAUUAUAAUACGUUUUUGUCUAUUAAUGAUCUCGGAUUAUGAUGUGAGGGAGCUAACCUUAACGAAUAUUUGAAGUUUCGGGAAAAAAAUAAAGAUGUUUGUGGUCUCUGAGCAGUCUGGUCAAAAAAACAACAGUGAGCGAAUCUUAACCUUAAGCAAACAACGAACAACAUUGAGAUUGAGAAAGGCAGAAAAAAUAAUAAAUGAGUUUUCGUCUACUUGUCAAUCAUAUGAUCGAUAUUUAUCAUCUUCCUGUUGUAAGACUACACGGUCACAACUUUAACAGUAACUGACUCCUAAGAAUAAUUUUUGAUCUUCAGAACUCCUUAAAAACAUGUUUGCAAAUUCUCAGCCUUAGGCACUCAUCUAGAACUCUUUGUUUACACUCAUGCCAUUUUCAUAUCUGUUGCUUGCUAGCCCCGUUGUUGCAUUGAUCGCAAGGCUUGACUCAACACUAUUAAUAUGCUGUGAUGUUGAUAUGGUAGUCCCUCGGCGGCUGCACAUAUUCGCUUGACGGUACAAGUCACCCUGUGGACGGCGAAUCAACGCCUUUCCUAACCCAUAUUGAUAGGAAUGCGACUGUGCCUUCGCGAUGUUGUUAACACUUCAUCUUUCAAAAACGACUGAAAAGUUUCUAGAUUCGAUGCAGCCUGAAUGUUGAAGAAUGGAUGAACCCAGGUUGCCGGUUGACGUCGAACCUUUGCUUGUGUCUCUGGAUUUGGC